UGGCUGGGGGAGGACGGAGAGCGGUGCGGCCGGGCGGCAGGCAACGCCAGCUUCAGCAAGAGGAUCCAGAAGAGCAUCUCGCAGAAGAAGGUGAAGAUCGAGCUGGAUAAGAGCGUAAGGCAUCUUUACAUUUGUGAUUAUCAUAAAAAUUUAAUUCAGAGUGUUCGUAACAGAAGAAAGAGAAAAGGGAGUGAUGAUGAUGGAGGAGAUUCACCAGUUCAAGAUAUUGAUACGCCAGAGGUUGAUUUAUACCAAUUGCAAGUAAAUACACUUAGGAGAUACAAAAGACACUUCAAACUACCAACCAGACCAGGACUUAAUAAAGCACAACUUGUUGAGAUAGUUGGUUGCCACUUUAGGUCUAUUCCAGUGAAUGAAAAAGACACCUUAACAUAUUUCAUCUAUUCAGUGAAGAAUGACAAGAACAAAUCAGAUGUCAAGGUCGAUAGUGGUAUUCACUAGGAGAGAUGGAAUUGAGACUGAGACUUGGAUAUGCAGAUGUUAAGACUGUUUACUGUUUUUCACAUGUAGAAAUAAAUGUUCCUGUGUAUUUUUUCUACAGAGGAUUUUCUCUGGUUUUAUUUUCUUUGUUUCUGACUCUAAUAAUUAGUUGGAAACUCAUGUAAAGAAGCUUUCCUAGAUUAACAAGUAUUUUAAAUAAAAGUAUUACUAUUAUA